UUCAACAGGUCUCCGUCUUGACAGAGCAACCCGUCAGAAAAAUCGAAACUAAAAACAAAAGGCGAAAAAGCUGAGAGAAAGAUCCUCCACGUUAUUCUUCUUCCCAUUGAAGCCGAGAAUGGAAAAAUCUCUUGUCCUUCUUUCUCUCCUUCUACUCUUUCCGCUCUCUAUCCAGAAUCCGGAUCCGGUCGUGAAGGCGCCGACUCCGGCGCACGCCGAGCUCACAAACUAUGGUUUUCCGGUGGGGUUGCUACCGUCUUCGGUCAAGUAUUAUAGCUUGAAUCAAACAUCCGGCGAGUUCUCCAUCGAUUUCGGCGGCGCGUGCAAGAUCACGCUCCCUCCGGACAACUAUCUGGCGACUUACUCGAAGAAGGUGUCGGGUCGGAUCGUGAAGGGUCGGAUCGCGGAGCUCCAAGGGAUUCGGGUCCGGGCUAUGUUUAAGUGGUGGUCGAUCACCGGAAUUCGAUCCUCCGGCGAUAAUCUGGUGUUCGAAGUUGGUAUGGUGACGGCGAAGUACCCUUCGAAGAACUUCGACUCGAGCCCUGAUUGCGAAGGAAAACGGGCGUCUUCUUGAUGAAUUGAGAAGAUCUAUAAACCCGGCUACAGCUACAGUUCAACGUUGCGGGUGAAGAAGUAACAAGGUGUGUGUGGAUUAUCAAAAUUAGUUUGUAGAAAUACUAUUUUCUACUUGCUGGUGAAAAAAAAAGGUUUGCAAUAUGUACCUAAACCACGUCUUAAAUGUAUCCGACAAUAGGCUCUAUCACUUUCCUUUGAAACCGAUUGCUACAACUGAUACGAUCUAGGGCUUGGCACGGUUCGGGUACCCGACCCUGAACCCUGUUUCUCA